AUGGGCCAAUUUGAUCGCAAGAAGGAGUCGCAGCCAAAGCAUGGGAAACCAAGUGCCAGUGGUGCAUACAAAGGUCCCCCUCCCCUAGCUCGCGGUAUACCAGAAGAUAGGAAAGGUCGUGGCUACACUCUCAAAAAGAAGCCCAAGCAGCCAGCAACUCCAUUGGCAACACCGAAGCCUUCGGAACUGGAGCACGUCCUGCCCACCGAUCUUGAGAAGCGGACACUAGAAGUUUUCCGCACCACUUUCCCUGCAUCUAAUGAUUUCGAAGCCCUGAAGCCGAUCUUGCAGGAGAUCAAGGAUGCGUUAAAUUGCAGAGAGUUUGGAAGGGCUUUCGGGAAAGACGAACAUCUGGAGGCCUACACAAUACGCUGGAGCCCAAGUCGCACUUUAAGCUAUGCACAGCUGCUCGCUUGGAUCUGUACGCGACUGGCAGGCAAUGUUUGCAUCCAGCGACUAGUCGGCAGCGCAGCUGGACCAGUCGCGGCGAAAGUAGUUUGCCUCGGAGGCGGCGCAUCUGAGUUCAUGGCAUUUUCAGGACUUCUUCGAUAUCUACAAUCUUCAGAGGCUGCCGGAAAACCGCACAUGCAAGAUGAAGAGGUUCUGGAAGGGAUGGGAGCCAUGUCAACUUCCGCAAGCAACGCACCAUCCCCUCUGCUUCAUAUCGAUCUUCUUGAUGCUGCAGACUGGACCUCGGUGCUCUCGAAAUUGGACCAAGGACUGAGAACGCCUCCAAUGCUUUCCAAAUACGCCAGCGCCACUGCUCGCGCGGCAAACGCCUCCUUCUUACUGCCUGGUGUUGCUGAGCAUACUUUCACACAAGCAGAUAUCUUGAGUCUCAGCACAGACGACCUUCGCGCUGCCGUCGGAACAGCUCCUGCGCUUCUCACACUCAUGUCAAUACUGAACGAGCUAUACACAAUCUCGAUGGCUCGUACGACCGCCUUCCUCCGGAGGUUGAAAGACGCCACUCCGAUGGGCAGCCUUCUCCUGGUAGUGGAUAGCUCUGGUGCCUAUUCGGAGAUCGCUGCCGCCAAUGCAAAGGAAGGAGACGAGAAGAGGAAAUACCCCAUGAACCUGCUGUUGGAUUAUGCUUUGCUUCCGAAACCUCGGGAGCAACACGAGCAAGAGGAUAGUGACGGAGACAAGUCGGAGUCCGCUUGGGAGAAAGUGAUCAACGAACCUAGCAUGUUGCACAAGCUUGACGGCGCGCUCAAGUACCCGGUCAGCUUGGAGAACAUGAGGUUGCAGGUGCACUUGUAUAGGCCGACAUAUAUCAAGCAGGACGCUCUCUACCUACAGCCGCGCUGGGACACUAUCAAAAUCAGGCAGGUCGUUGAGAUCGAGCAGAGGCAGACUAUGCGGGUCGUUCUCCAAGCUCUCCUCCACCUCUGGCUGCCAGCGCCACUUCUGCUGGGCUCCCACGUCUAA